UUUUUAGAUUCUUGGCAUUUUAUGUUGUUUUGAAAGUAAAUACUCCAUCUUUUAUUAUAUUUCGUAUCGUCCAUCUAUUACUGGACAUGGAAGUACAUUCUCGUGUGAACUCCCAUGUAGCCAAAAGACUAUGGAAUUUCAUAAGGAUUGCGUAUUUUAUGAUGAGGAAAGGGUUAGUUUCAAAGCGAAAAAUCAUCAUAGACAUGAAUUUGAUGAUGAAGAGAGGGAAAGUCGUUGGAAAAUCGUUGGGGAAUCUCAUGUUCCAUCACAACCAUCCGCGAAGCGGGCCGCGUGGCUUUGGCGUACAGGAUUAUGAAUUUUCAUGUAGUAAUAGCCCAAAUCCUGUUUUUUUCCACGUUGGUAAGCGAAAACAUCACCACCACUACUUUCCUUCGAUUCCCUGCAUCAAAGGCCCAGAUGAACCAGAAGAGUCCGACGAGCCGAAGGCCGUGAUCAUGUUACCCAAUAUCGAUUACUCGCCGGAUUAUUCAUACAACUUACAGACGGACGUGCCGGAUCUCGCCGUCGGCGAGAAAUUGAGCCCCAUGGUCUCUCCAUUCUCCGUCAGAGUGUCCAAUUAUUCAUCUGAUGAUGAGAAUGAUAGUGGGGCCCGCCAGGUUGAUAGGGAGGCUGAAGAAUUCAUCAGGAGCUUCUACGAGCAACUGAGGGUCCAGAGCCGGACAGCUUUGCUACAAUAUCAGGAAAGGCAAUACCAGGAGAUGCUAGCAAGGGGGACCCACUAGAGUGGCCAUGAUCAUCAUCAUCACCUUCAUCUUCACCGUACAUAAAUGCAUGGAUGCAUAUAUAAAUAGUUGUGUACUUUCUCUUUGAAAUCUUCCAACGGUUUUAUAUGUGGAGAUGGUUUGUUACAUGGUAUGCAUUUUUAUGUAUACAUUUCUAUAGUUUUUUUUUUUUAAUCUUUAUUUUUAAUAUGUAAAACCAUGUAUUGAUUUCUUUAUUAGAAUGGUGUGGACAGUUAAGUACGUGAA